AUGGUCUCCUUCAAAGCUCUGCUCGUGCUUUUCUCUGGCGCGGCCGUUGUCCUCGGCGAACGCGUUGGCCGUGGUUGCGGUACUACGAUCACUGAGGAGAAGCUCGCUGCCGCUCAGGCCCACUUCGAGGCCCACCGCAAGGAGCCCCUCCUGGCUAAGGCUGCCCCCGUCACCGUACACUGGAACAUCAUCUACCGUGACACGACGGUCAAUGGGGGUUACGUCCCCGACUCGUCAAUCGAGGCCCAGAUGCAAGUUCUGAAUGACGACUACGCUGGAAGUGGAAUCAGCUUUGCCCUCGGCGACGUCCAGCGCAUCCAGAAUGCUGUGUGGUUCAGCAGGUUGGGACCUUAUGACACGGUUGCUAUGGAGAACGAGAUGAAGAGGCUCUACCGCAAGGGUGGUGCUUCCACGCUCAACGUCUACACUGUCGGUUUCGAAGUCGGCCAAACUGCUGACCUCCUCGGCUAUGCUACCUUCCCCGCCGACUACUCCUUGAACCCGACCGACGACGGUAUUGUCAUGCACCAUGCCUCGGUGCCCGGCGGUACCUUCAGCCCUUACAACCUUGGCCGCACCUUGACCCACGAGGUUGGCCACUGGGUCGGUCUAUACCACACCUUCCAGGGUGCAUGCGCUGGCGUCGGCGACCAGGUCGCUGACACUCCUCCUGAGGCGCGUCCGGCCUUCGGCUGCCCUGUUGGUCGGGAUACUUGCCCUGGGGGAGGAGCUGACCCCAUCCACAACUACAUGGAUUACAGCGAUGACUCCUGCAUGGACCACUUCACGCCCGGACAGAUCACCCGCCUCAAGGCCCAGGUUGCCACCUACCGCCAGAUUGUGGAUUAA